CUCAAAGCUGACAUUCACACACAAAGGCACAUCAUCAUAAAGCCUAGACUUCACUUUAGAGCACAUUGACCGCUGCGUCAGCAAAUUAAAGCGGCAAACAAGUUUCGACUACUGAACAACACAUCAGUGGAAUUAAAUCGACUGAACUUGGAGCCUCUCUGAGUGCUAGGAGGGGGGCAGCGAAAGGGGAUAAAGCAGCUGGAUAAAUCAGUCCUCCAAAAUCCACUCUGGCCUCUCCCAAAGCUUUCACCAACUCUUCUGGAGCCUCAGCUUUAGGAUACCAGCCAGUCCCACAUCCCAACAUCGUCACCAGACUCUGAUCUCUUGCUUGUGACCUCAAACUCUCCUGUGGAGACGACAAACUCUCCAUCUUUCAGGGGGACGAAGCGGAUGAGCCCAUGGCUUUGUGUCUCGGUCAGGUGUUCAGUAAAGAUAAAACCUUCAGGCCCCGGAAACGUUUCGAACCCGGCACUCAGCGCUUCGAACUAUACAAGAAGGCCCAGGCCUCACUCAAGUCCGGUUUGGACCUGAGGAAGGUGGUGCAGCUGCCCGAGGGCGAGAGCCUCAACGACUGGAUCGCUGUGCAUGUGGUGGAUUUCUUCAACAGGAUCAACCUGAUCUACGGCACGGUCAGUGAGUACUGCACCGAGCGCACCUGUCCCAUCAUGUCUGGGGGACUCAGGUACGAGUACAGGUGGCAGGACGGGGACGACUACAGGAAACCCACCAAGCUGCCUGCUCUGAAGUACAUGAACCUAUUGAUGGACUGGAUAGAGUCGCUCAUCAACAAUGAGGACAUCUUCCCCACCAGAGUAGGUGUUCCUUUCCCCAAGAAUUUCCAGCAGGUGUGCAAGAAGAUUCUGAGCCGGCUCUUCAGGGUGUUUGUGCAUGUUUACAUCCAUCACUUUGACAGCAUCUGCAGCAUGGGCGCUGAGGCCCACAUCAAUACCUGCUACAAGCACUACUACUUCUUCAUCUCUGAGUUCAACCUGAUCGACCACUCUGAACUUGAGCCCCUGAGAGAGAUGACGGAGAAGAUUUGCAAUUAAACAGGAAAGAUUACUAGAAAUGUCACCUCUAUGGACUCAAAACAAAGCCAUUAUUUUACAUAAAUGUGCACAGUAUGCCAAUGUGUGCUGCGAUUGGCUGGCGACCAGUCCAGGGUG